GAGUAAUUGACUGCACUUACUGUACUGUAUUUGUCAGAGACUGCGAUUCCGGCCGCGCUGUGUGGGACGGAUGAGUACAGCAUUCAAUCAUUGAUUCCUUGCUCUCUCUCAUCCUUCGGUCGGGAGGCCUAUCGGGAGAGGAGGUUGAGGUGGGAUAGAGCAGCUGCAGCAGAAGAAGAAGAUGAAAAGGAAGAAGCGAGAUAGACGAACGGCCGUUUCUAGGAAUAGCAACAACACGUCCAGGUUGCUGGCGCCACUUGCAGCGAAAUCUGGAAAGAGUAGCGUGGUGGAACGAAGUCGUCUUCUUUCUUUCUUUCUUCCUUCCUUCCUUUUCUUCUUGUGCCACCACAGAUAUACCUACCAAGCUUUUUUUUUUCUACCGAAUUAUGCUGCUGCUGCUUCUGCUGCAGCAUUCGGGGGCACUAGACGUCGACGAUUAUGGUCCCGCCUAUCUGGUAAAACCGGUAUACGAACUAUUGGCAAAGAUGGACAACUAUACGACCCCACGGGCAUCAUCAUCAUCGUCAUGGCUCUCGUGUUUACCUAUCCACCUACCUUAGGUAACUUCUUUUUAGACGCUCCUCGUAAAUCCGCCGACAUAACGGCGACUGUAAGACGGAAGAGAUCCGAUCCCCUGCCCGGCCAGAGAUACACUUGGAUUAUACCUACCUGCCUACCUAUCCAUCAAUCUGUCUAUCUUACUGUAAGAACAGGGGCUACUUGCGACAGCGGAAUUGGCAUCCCGACGCCUCGUACGUAUGGAUAUUAUUUCAUUCUAUUUUCUUUUUUAACUUGGAGCGAACGGAACAUUAUCCUUCCGAAAGGAAAGGGAGCCUGUCGACUCUCCCGAGCCCCGAAAAGAAACACCUACCUUAUAUAAUGAACGCUUUGAGCCACGUGGCGCCCGCUUCUGGACAUGAUGUCGAUGAAAUAUAGGUAU